AUUAACCCUCUUGGUGACUCGGUCGUCUUGGGAGAGUCUGACUGUCCAAGAUGGCGGCGCUAUUAGGACUGCGUGCUUGCGUCUCCGCCCUUCAGCUGUCCUCAGCAAGCGUCUUGCAGAGCUCCUUUAAACUAUGUGCUGUGCCUCUGAGUCGGCGGACCUUUGCUGCUGAGGCUAAGAAGACUUAUAGCAGAGACAAGCCCCACGUGAACGUUGGAACCAUCGGUCAUGUCGACCAUGGCAAGACUACCCUAACUGCAGCCAUCACAAAAGUGCUCGCCGACGCAGGUGGUGCUAACUUUAAAAAAUAUGAGGAGAUUGACAACGCCCCCGAGGAGAAGGCCAGGGGAAUUACCAUCAACGCUUCUCAUGUAGAAUACACCACAGCAAACAGACAUUACGCUCAUACAGACUGCCCCGGACAUGCUGAUUAUGUCAAGAACAUGAUCACAGGCACGGCUCAGAUGGACGGUUGCAUCCUGGUGGUGGCGGCCACUGACGGCCAGAUGCCUCAAACACGCGAACACCUCCUGUUGGCGAGGCAGAUCGGCGUCGAGCAUGUGGUGGUGUUCGUCAACAAAGCCGACGCGGUGGAGGACAAGGAGAUGCUGGAUCUGGUGGAGAUCGAGAUCCGCGAGCUCCUCACAGAGUUCGGCUACGACGGCGAGAACACGCCUGUUAUCAUCGGCUCUGCCCUCUGCGCCCUGGAGAACCGGGAGCCAGAGCUUGGCGUGAAUGCAGUGAUGAAACUGCUGGAGAUUGUGGAUUCCUACGUUCCAUUGCCCAAAAGAGAGCUGGAUAAGCCAUUCCUCCUGCCCAUCGAAAGUGUCUAUUCAAUCCCAGGCAGAGGGACGGUAGUGGCCGGCACCAUGGAGAGGGGUACCAUGAAGAAGGGGGACGAGUGUGAGUUUGUGGGCCUCAAUCGCUCGGUCAAAUCUGUGGUUACAGGUAUCGAGAUGUUCCAUAAGUCUCUGGAUCGGGCCGAGGCAGGAGACAACACGGGUGCUCUGGUCCGAGGCCUGAAGAGGGAGGAUGUGAAGAGAGGGAUGGUGAUGUGCAAGCCGGGUUCCAUCAGCCCUCACCAGAAAGUCCAGGCUCAGGUGUACAUUUUGAGUAAAGAAGAGGGAGGCCGACACAAACCGUUUGUCACCAACUUCACACCCGUCAUGUUCUCGCUAACAUGGGACAUGGCCUGCAAAGUCAGUCUGCCCGCCGACAAGGACAUGGUGAUGCCUGGGGAGGACACGGCUUUGACCCUCACCCUCCGGCAACCGAUGGUGCUGGAGAAGGGCCAGAGGUUCACUCUGAGAGACGGCAACAAAACCAUCGGCACCGGCCUGGUCACAGACAUCCUGACGACGACAGACGAAGAUCAGUGGGGCUGAUUGGCAAGUGUAUCGACGUUGGAGGGGUAGGGAGUGGGGGGGGGGGGUAGUUAAACAGGGACGGUUGUCUGCGUCUGCAAAUGAAAUCACUGUACAAAAACUACAAAUACACAGGAUCGCUUACACGCGGGAUCGUCACAGGAAGGCCAUGUUCCAUCAAACCAAAAUAUUUGUAAAGCAAAGCGCUGCAUUUGUAACAACGGGCCAGACUGCUCCAUGUCAUUAUGUAAUAAAA